AUGGAGUUUGACCUAGAGCAACUGAUUCAGGUUGCCGUCGAUGUUUGCGAGGAAGCUCAAUCUUGUAGCAAAGUCACAAAAGGUGCAGAUGGCCUACAUAACAAGGCAUUCAUUCUGACAAUGGAUAACGGUUGCGAGGUUUUGGCAAAGCUCCCAAAUCCCAACGCCGGGCCCAUCUCCGAUAUGUUUGCCAUGGAACCUCUCGCUACCGGCGAACUAUGGAAUGGGGUAAGGAAGUACAUAAAUUUGGAUCGUGGUCUCUGUAAAUCAAGAGAGUCGACAGAGAAGGAUCUUAGUGACUACACUCACUCAUUGGGACGCAACGAGGUUGCUUCUGUGACAUCACAUGCAACUCCUUGA